AUGUCGAACCUAUUUAAGUUCGGGUUUACAUCGAAAUCAAACGAAAAAGAUAAGUCAGCAAAGGGUAAUGAAGACACAAAGAAGAAGUAUGAAAUGAAGCGGAAACGCGGGUUUCUGCCGAAAUGGCUUAAUGAAUAUGAAUGGCUUCGUUACGAUGAAGAAACGGAGGCUAUGUUCUGCACAUCGUGCGAAAAAUACGCGGCAGAAAAAUCGUCUGCUUUUACUACUACUGGUUGCUUAACAUUUCGCAUAGAAUCCCUCAAAAGCCAUGAAACCAGUUCAAGUCAUGUAAAUGCCAGUAAAAUAGAAACAAUUAGCCUGAUGAAAGAGAAGAAGAAAAUGGUUGUCUGUUCCUACACUGGUGACAUUGAAAAUAAGUCCACUUCAGAGGCUGCUCAAGCUGUUUCAGGGUGUUCAAAUGUGGUUGGUGCUAUGGACUUGGCUAUCCGAAAGUUAAAUGAAGACCAGCUACAGAAAUUGUCUGUUUGCUUUAGAAGUGCAUACUGGAUAGCAAAGAAUGAGCUCCCAUUCACCCUCUACCCAUCAGUUCUAGAGCUACAGCAAGUCAAUGGAGUUGAACUGGCAGCAAGUUAUAAAACUGAUAAUGCCUGCAGAAGAUUCAUGCCCUUCAUCUACAAAGAUCUUCAGAGUGUGUCAGAGGAUGUCUUGAACCAGUCCAGGGUGUUGUCCAUCAUGUUUGACGGUGCCACGGAUGUGUCUGUUUGUGAAAACGAGCUGGUGUAUGCACGAGUGAUAGAAGAUGGCGUUCCCAAGUGUGUCUAUGUCAAAAUGAAGGCUGUGGAACAUGCACAUGCAGAAGGUGUUCUGGGGGCGAUUGAAGGAGCCAUGUCCAAUAUUGAAGGAUGGAAAGACAAACUGAUAGCCACAGGCUGUGAUGGGGCAAGUGUUAACUUGGGUAAACAUCACAGUGUAACAGCUCUGCUCAAGAGGGAUGUGCCCCAUCUGAUAGCUAUGCACUGUGUGAAUCACAGGCUUGAGCUUGGUGUGCUUGAUGCUCUAAAAGAGAGAGAUUCAGUCAUCUUUUCAGACAUCAAAUCUGCUCUACUCCAUCUGCACAAACACUACCAUUAUUCUGCAAAGGCACUGCGAGAGCUGAAAAGUCUGGCUGAAGCAAUGGAGAAAAAAAUGAUGAAGCCAGCCAACUUGGACGGCACUCGUUGGAUGCCUCACCUGAGUAGGUCAUUAGCUAUCCUCCUGAAGCCAGAAACCUACAGUGUCUUUGUUACACACUUUGAGAACAUUGUAGAGAGCAGACAAGGCAGUGCAGAUGUCCAAGGAAGGGCAAAAAACAUCCUCAAACAUUUGAAGUGUGAGAAAUUAAUGCACUACAUGCAUUUCUUGCAAGAUGUUCUGGAGAUUUUGAGUGAUCUAUCACUGCAGUUUCAGCGUGACACCUGUUCUAUCCCAGACGUGCUGGAUGCAGUAGAGACGGCUUGCCUCAGGCUGGUUGCCCUGCAGCAGAGACCAGGAAGACAUCUGCAAGGUUUUCUGGAUGCCAUAGGUGGUGAGCACACCUUCCAAGGUGUGGAGCUGACCAGAUGUCCUUUGACCAAUGAUCAAAUGUUGGCCAAGAAAAAUGCCCUGGUGGAGACUGUGAUUCACAAGGUAUCUGGAAGACUGAAAGAUCUGGACAGUUCUCCAGUACUGAAGGCAAUGCAAGUCUUCUUUUUGGUGAACCUCCCUGAGAGUGCGGCAGACCUGGCCACAUAUGGAGAAGACGAAGUUGCCACUCUGUGUGAUCACUUUCGGGCCAGGCUAGAGAGGAUGGGUUGCCAGGUGGAUGAACUUAUUCAGACAGAGUGGCCUGCUCUAAAGGCCCAUAUGCAGAGGAAUAGGCAGCACUCAACAGAUGAUCUGUACAGAAAGUGUUUCUGUUGCAACAACCUGAAAGAAAGAUUUAAAAACAUUCUGAUGUUAGUUGAGAUCAUCUUGGUGAUUCCCACAUCAAGUGCCAUUUGUGAGAGGGGUUUUUCUGCCAUGGCAAGGGUCAAGUCAGACUGGCGGGCCUCCCUUCAGCCUGACAUGCUUGACUAUCUCAUGGCCAUUACAGUGUCUGGCCCUCCUGCUGGAGAAUACAACAGUGCAAGAGCCCUUAACCUCUGGUACAAUGGGGGUCAGAGGCAGAGGAGACCUCAGUUUGAGGAGCCUGGUGAUCUUGAGGAUCCUUAAACAGUUUGUCAGAUGUUUCUGACUUCAAACUCUGUUAGUCAGAGUAUCAAGAUUAAUCUCUCUUGAGUGUCACUGGGCAUGUGUUAGGAAUGCCAGAUAAGUUGUACUUCUUCUUGACACAGGAUUAUACUUUGGAAAUGUUUAUAAUUUGUUUAAAUGUUGUUUCAAUAAAAGAUCAUUCGUUUCUGGUUCCAAA